AUGGGAUUCAGAGCAUCACGCACUCCAUCGGCGACACGCAAACAAGCUGGACUCGCAUCCACAAGCAUCAGUAUAGAUGAUAUAUCUGGUCUUUCUUCUCAUCACGCAUCCCUCCAGUUGCUGCAAUUAGCCAAACGGCAGAUUCUUUCAAGUAGAGUAUCUGGAAAUGAUUCUCAGGGUUUACAAAGCAGCCAUAUUAUGCAUCGUCAUGAAAUCCCAUCCUACCAAAAUGGUACCCAGCAGCACAUACAGAAAAAAGACAGGUCAGAGGGCAUACAUCAUUCCCAGCAACUCUCGCACUCUUCCAAUGCUCUGUCGCGUCCUAUUACAGGUGUAGAUGCAGAUCAACCUAUAUUAACAGCACCUGUCCAUCAGAGCGGACGUGACCAGUUCCAUACUGAUGCGUAUCGAGCACAAUCUAGUAUACGCAACAAAGGUAUACAGUUCUCUACCAUUGCCAGUCCCAGUGCUUAUAGCAGCAUCAAUGCAAACGGAACCCCUAUUGUAAUUGGCAGGAAAAGUCUUGGAGUAUUUGAAUCCAGUAUUGGUCGGCCUAGCACUGUUGCCGCUGAAAAUACUAUAUUUGCAAAAGUAGACAAUACCGAUUCUGCACAUUUCUAUCGAGAAAAUGGAGGCAACGUGGCAUGUGUGGGCAUUCAGUCACCUUCACAGCAUCAAUCGUACCAUUGCUCCAAACACUCAAUCUAUCAAAACAAAGUGGACUUGACCAAAAAGAAACCAUCUGGAGCACCUAAUGUAAAAGGCAAUCCAACGCCAUUAGAGGGAAUUUCAAUACGAUCUAAUAAAAGCAAGGCAUUUGUCGCUGGAUAUUGGGACAAUGUUCCACUCACUCAAAACAACCUAAAGCGACACACGGAAAUGGCAGAAAAAAAACAUACUUUAACAGCAAUGGAGCGCAUUGCUUCUUGGAUCCAAAGUAUACCCGAUGAUUUCGAAGACCCAUUCACACCAUUGCUGCCAUCAAACUCAUACACUGAGCCAUUGUCAAAGUCCAAUAUACACGUUGUUGGUAUUUCAAGUACAUGCUUGAGUUCACAAUCGGUUGGGAAUAUUGCGGAUCCAAUAGACCACGGGUCUGCACAUGGAUCAUCUCAGUUGGAAAGCGCAUCGCAAAAAAAUACAUACACCAAAUUGGAAUCUUUGCCUAAAAAGCAUCCAACAAAUUCUAGGCGGAAAAGCAUGCCAGGUGAGCCUGUGAGCAGCAUGCCAAAUCUUGGCAUAUCUUCUAAACCAACCCGUGCUUCUAACCCUACCCUCUCCAACGCAAACAUCACGUUGAAUAAUAUACAGUAUAUGCAUGAUGCAGACCAAGUCUCCUUCCAAGGGAAACCCCAUACUAGUGAUGGCAAAUUUCACUUUAAUAGCAGCAGAACUUUAGAAGGUGCAAACUGCACUGCUGACUCUGCAAUGCUGCGAGAUCCAUAUUAUUGUACGCCGCGAAUCAACACAUCUGCAACAGCACACAACACAAAACAGUAUGGAUCAAGCACCAAGCUAACACAUAAUUACACUACUACUUUAAAUGAUUCUGCCUCGCCAUUGGCUAACGCUACGGGAGCUCAUCGUGAUCAGACUACUUUACUACCAAACAAAAGUCAUAAUGCAAAGCAUGGACAUGCAGGUGGAAACGAGAUGGCUAGUCAAAAUACUAAAACUGCUUUGCAUGUAAAAAAUCAAACAUGCUAUGGAUCGCCAUUGCUUGCAUCAAAAACUUUAUGGACAAAACGUGUUGGAUCAAUGUUGAAAUCCAACACAGAUUCUCGACAAGAACAAUCGGCUGCUAGCAAGCCAAUGCAGCACGUUACAUAUACUGGAAUGACAACAUCAAUACCCCAGCUUAACUCACAUCUACACCAUCAAAACCAAUCAUCCACAUCGCGUCCUGUAACAGGCUUGUCCAAAUCAAGCAUAUCAAGAAACGAACCAUCGUCGGCUAGUAAAUUGCCAAGAAAGCACAUCAAAUUGCAUGUUGAUCGAGGACGGCUACUGUGCUGUCUAAAAGUUGAAAUCAAGGCAGGCGUGUACCGCAUGCUCCCAGUUCACGAGAGAGACGAAGCACAUGCACUCGCAACCACAUUCUGUAAGGGAAACAACUUGAUGGGAUCUGUCGAAUCUUUACUUGACCAUAUUCAAUUGUCAAUGAAAACAUAUGGGUGA